AUGACUUUCGAUUUCUUGAAGUCUGGAAAAAUGACGGCAAAGAAUAGUAAAAGUAAAAACACCACUAAAAGAGACGGUGAAAAGAAAACAAAACUAGCAAAAAAUACGACGACCAAAAAAAGGAAUUCGACGUUGACAAUGUCAAAGUAUCAAACAUCGACUGAUCAGAAAGAAAAUGAGAAAGAAAAAAAGAGGGAUGAUAAGAAAAAUAAGGAAGAAAGAAAAGAGCCACCAAAGAAGGAACCUCCAAACAAAGAAGUUCCAAAAGAAACUGCAAAGGAACAUUCGAAUGAACAGUCAAAAGAUCCACCGAAAAAAAUUGAUGGGCGGGCGGAAGAAGAAACUAAUAAGCAAAACGAGCCAAGUGGAAUGGAUGUGGUUGUGAAGGAAGACGGAAAGAAGACAAAAAUGGACGACGGAUACGAAGACUUUGGCCCCGGCGCUCAGCAGAACAAUUGA